UUUAGAUCUGUCUAACUUUUUCAAGACUCUCCUUAAAUAAACCAUCAAAAAUGGCUAACUAAACUCUCCAAGACUAGAACAUAUCAAACUAUUAUUAAGUGAAUGAAAACAAAUGUGAUUUCCCUAUAAUGGCCUUCCUAAACAGAUAAAACAAAUAAAGAGUAAAAAAACACUUAAAUAGUAAACAAUAUGAUCAAUAAGUAAAUUUUUGUAUUUAUAUUUAGAAUUGUGAAUUUUAAGUUGAGGUUAUAAAUUACAAAACCAUAGAAAAGCAAUUUACGAUAUACCAAAUAAAAGUGAUUUAUGGUUCACUCUAUUGGAUAUUCUAAACAAGGUAUAGUUUGUUAGAGGAUUUGAAUUCCAAACUCAAUAAAUAGACGGUUUAACGAUUGGAAAAGUUUCCCGAGAAAAGACUUUUUGGGAACUUAGAUUAGUAGUUCAUACUUAAACGCAAAGCUUAAAUAGAUUUGUACCUUAAAGUAUAUAUAAGCAUACUAAAUUUAGAGUCUGUUUAAACAAGGAAGGAAUGAGAAAGCAGUUAAAGAAUUUAUCAAACAAUCACAGAAAGCUGCUAUAGAAAUUAAUGAUCCAUGUGAAUUAAAACAUUUUAAAUUAGACGCUUGA